CCAACCGCAACAUUUUCAUUUUUGUACAAACCGUUCCGAGUUACGGUGUAGAAGUUUUCUUCAGCAGCAUUGUGUUUAGUAGAGCACUCUCUAAAACCCUGUAAAAAUGGAGUUAACAAAUCCCCGCAAAACCAACUCUUCAUCCCUCAAACGCCGGCGAGAUGACUCUGCCGCUGCAGACGACGACCACUCCACUGCCGGCAACAAUGGUGUCGACCUCUCUCUCCUUGAAGCCAUAGAAAGAUCACAUUCAACUGUAGAAACUCUCGACCUCAAAACCCUAAAAAAACUCGUACUCUCCUUCGAGCGUCGUCUUCGUGACAACAUCGAAGCUCGUCUCAAAUACGCCGACCAACCGGAAAAGUUCGCAGAUUCCGAGGUUGAGCUUCACGAGGAGCUCCAGAAACUCAAAGUUCUUGCUGCUGGACCCGAACUUUACCCAGAGUUAGUCAAUCUCAACACAAUUCCGUCGAUUCUCGGAUUAUUGAAUCAUGAUAAUUCUGAUAUUGCUGUUGACGUAGUAACUCUCCUCCAGGAUUUGACGGAGGAGGAUGUUUUGGAGGAUAAUGAUGAACCGGCUAGGGUUUUGGUUGAUAAUUUAGUUGAGAACAAUGUGUUGGAGUUACUUGUGCAGAAUUUGUUGAGGUUGAAUGAGAAUGACCCCGAGGAGGCGGCUGCCAUUCAUACUACCUUAGCUACACUCGAGAAUUUGAUUGAGGUUAAGCCCCAAGUGUCCGAAAUUGUGUGUGAGAAGACUAAACUGUUGAGGUGGUUAUUGGGGAAGAUUAAGGUGAAGGAAUUUGAUGGGAACAAGGAGUAUGCAUCGGAGAUUUUAGCCAUUUUGCUGCAGAAUAGCACGGCAAAUCAGAAGCGGUUGGGUCAGAUGAAUGGUGUGGAUGUGAUGCUGCAGGCAGUUGCAAUGUAUAAGUCUAAGGAUCCCAAGAGUUCAGAGGAGGAGGAGAUGCUUGAGAAUUUGUUUGAUUGUUUGUGUUGUUUGUUAAUGCCAUUGGAGAACAAGGAAAGGUUUGUCAAGGCUGAAGGGGUGGAAUUGAUGAUUAUUAUAAUGAAGCAGAAGAAAUUGGCAUAUGGUUCUGCUAUAAGGGCGCUUGAUUUCGCAAUGACCAAGUAUCCUCCAGCUUGUGAGCGGUUCGUUGAUGUUUUGGGGUUGAAAACUGCCUUUUCUGCUUUUAUGGGUAAGGUGCCAGUUAGCAAGAAGCAUAAAAAAGAGCGAUUUCGGGAGGAGUUAGAGGAACGAGUAAUAUCGCUGCUUUCAUCAUUAUUUGCUGGGAUUUUAAGAGGAUCUAGAAGAGAAAGACUGUUAAGCAAAUUUGUAGAAAACGAGUGUGAGAAGAUAGACAGGCUUUUGGAACUUUAUGUGAGGUACUCUGAUAGAGUAAAAGCUGAGGCGGAACGCUUGGACCAACUGGAACUUGACGAUUUUGAGAUGAAUGAGGAGGAGAAGUACAAUAGGAAGCUGGAUUCUGGUCUCUACACACUCCAGCUCGUUGCCGUUAUGUUGGGUCAUCUUGUGACAUCUGAGAACUCGCAGAUAAGAGGAAGAAUUGAACUUUUACUUAAACAGCAUAAGCUCACGAAAAAGGAUGUUAGUGAUAUACUACAGGAAUAUCAUGACAACAUUGGAGAUCUUGACGGACCAGAGGAGAAAGAACGGGUGCAAUCAAAAAUUCAGAAGUUUAUAUCUGCGUUUUGAUAAUCCUUUCGUUGGCUAGAGGAAUUGAAAUAGUACAAUGAACAAGUCUUUGCUGAAAACCCAAAAAAAGACCGAUCUAGAGCAUUCUAGCAUGGUAUUGACAUGCACAAUUUCAUCAUCAGCUCCAAUCAGUAUUCAUUACUUUGAGUGUAAAAUUUUGGUCCUUGAUAAAUUUGGUUAAUGUAAGCAAUAUUUUCCCGUAAAUUAAGAUUAUUACGCGAAUAUACUGACCUUUUCUUGUUUGCUGUCUCAUGACAUUAACAAUGCACUUGUAAGAGGAAAUGGUCAACCUAGUCCUAAACUUCAUAAUGAGAACAAUCUUAACCCUGUA